AUAGUCAAUUUUAGCAUCUUUGAAGAAUCAUAUUGAGAAAAAGAAAGAAGCCGAUCAUUGAAUUGAUUAACCUGAGAUGAGAAAUCUAUCAUGUCCGAGUUCUACGAUUCGGGUUCAGAGCGGAGUUUCAAGACAAUAAAGAAGUGGUGCUUCUUUCCUGUACUCCAACUCAGUAGCUCAUUCCGGAUAAGCGAGUGAAUUUCAAGCCAGGGAAACUUCCUAUUAGGAAUGGCUUCCUUUCAGGUUGUGUUGUUACAGACCAGACUGUUCUAACAGGGCAGGGGAGACGGAUAACUAAUCUAAUACAGUACAGCUAUGAUCGGGCAAUAGCGCAGAUAAGAUCAGACUGAAUGUGUGAAGGAUAUGGUUCUGGUUCUCUUCUGUCCCGUUCCUUCAAUCAAAGAAGAAUCCAUGCCCAGGGCUAGUGCCAGCGCAUAGUCAGAGUCUUCCCUGCGUGCCUAACAUCCACUCCUUCUAGUCGAGUGCCUUGCGGCGCCUUUAACGAUGAGAGAAGGCGAUACCGAAGAGAAUAACUCAAGGGCACUGGCUACUCCAUCAACUCCAUUUCGUUGCGUAAGUGAGGAUGCCAGUCAUCAUAGUCUGAACUUGAAAUCUUUCGUAGGCUCAUCUCGUCGAUUGGCAUUCCGAUCCUGGUCAUUCAUAGAUAGUCGGCGCUUUUAGUCAUAGGCUAUCGCCCAUUCCUGAUAGCCGCAGCUCUGCCCGUUCCCUAUUCCAUUAAAGAAUGAAUGGGAAUUGAUCUGACAACAGCUGGGCAAAAUCCAUCUCUUUCCAUCUCUAUGUUCGCUAAACUUGCUUCCUUUCUUGCUUUCAUGAAGCCGACCUUAACAGACAUCUCUUCCAUUUUCGUAGAUGGAAGAUCCGGUGAAUCAAUUCAAUUAGAUGCCGCUUACCUAGAUGCGGUGCUUGUCCCUCGAAGCGAAGGUAAAGACCAAGACAUUGGGGAUUCUGAAUCUGACCGCACUUUCCUCAGGUCGAACGGCUAUCGAUCCUGGCCCGAUGAGAAAGGGGUUGAACUCAUACUUGCCUUAACCUAAUCUACUUGGAUCCCGGAUUCCAUUCCAUUAAGGCAUUCAUUCCCUUCAUGUAAAGGAAGAGUUCAACAGAAGUCAUCUCUCUGACACUGGCUGUUCUUUCUACCUAAACUUGCGGCUUCUUUCAUCAAAGAUAGGUGUGAGCUAAUUUUCUCGCUAAACCCCUUUCCUUACAGUCAAGUGGCUUUCCGCUCCUCAGUCCUUGCAUACUAAGAUUAUUCUUAUCCGUGCUUUCUUUCGUGGAAGUCUCACCUAUCAAGGAAGUAUGGCAAAGAUAGUUUAUCCCUGCGGGGAGGACCUCAGCUCAGUACGCAUAGAAGUACAGUCUACCUCUAUUUAGCUCUACUGGCUUUCUUAUACCUAUACCAGGAACCCGAGCCUACCUCUUCUGGUUGAAGUUCCGAUGAACCGGGUAUUCCCCUCCUGAGCCCAAAUUUACCCGCACAGGGAAAGAUCUCAAUAGGCCUAGGGCGGGGGGCAAGCUCCACUACAGGGCCGGGGGAAGAAAUAGGCGUGGGGAAGAGUCUGCAACAAAAUCAAUUGAAUAGACAGAGAAGCCCGGUAAGCCUAUCGAUUCAAGCAAGUCCGACUAGUUUAGGCGCCGCCUUCCAGACUUCUAAAAGCGGGUGGUUUUAAGUCCAGAGCCCUAUUCUGGUUACAGAGUGCGGGUAGCCGACAAGUAGGUUAGCAAACUGGUGAAUCAAUAGGCUUUGCUCCUGCCUUCGCUUCCAGGAGGAAUUCUAUCAUCCAUGGCGAAGAUAUCGUAUAAUAAGAAAGGGCUUACUUUUCAGAGUGAUCUUUCUCGAUUUCGGAACGGAAAGGCUUGGUUGAAGGCAAAAUUCGGUGUAAUUCGCCAUUUUUUAAGAAAAGAAAGGCAGGGUAGAAAGUCUUGCUUACUUAUUUCUCCAUCUAAGUAAGAGAAGGGGGGUUGAAGUUUAUAGCUAGUCGAAAAAGUGAUAAGAAGGUCUAAUCAUGCUACUUCAGUCGUAUGCUUAACACAUGCAAGUUGAUCAGUUCGCCCUUUAGAAAUAGGCUAAGAAAGUCAUCGGUUUGAAUCCGAGGAAGGGCUUUUUUUUCCGGUAUGCCGCUCCUCCAGCAAGGAGCGAGAGAACAAAUUCUGACCUAUUAUGUCACCUUUUUUCUUUAGAGGCGUUCUCUCUCUUAUUGCAACCUUUCUGGGGCAUUUCGCUGUUAGAGUAAUGCCCAUUCGAAUAACUGGUAAGUGUCUCAUGCUGUUCCUUUUAGUGAUUAUGGGGUUGAUCCUUAUUUUGAGAUUUUUUGGUUUUCGUUCAAAGAGAAAAUACCGGUUUAUUAAUCUAUUUAUUUUGAUUCUUAUUUUAUUUAGUAUCUCUUUAUUUAUAUUUUUUCUAAGGAACUAUUUGCUAUCCCAUUUAGGGAUUUUGUGUUCUCAGCUUCUCUCUGGGAUUUUGCUUUUUAGUGUCGGGGGAUCACUUCCUCUUCCGGGCCCUUCCGGGCAAGCAAGCGGGGCUGAGUUUGAAGAGGAUCAUUUUGGGAUUGAUGUCCUCUUGGAAUCAUGGGAAAAAUCUACGGAAACGGGCACGUCGGUGGAUCAGCCAGAACCAGAACCAGGACAUGUGCCGCCUGCUAUUCAAGUAGCUCCCCGGGGGAACGAAGCUGGUCCAUCGAAUCAGCCCCCACGAGUGGUCCCCUAUCCGUAUCAACUGGAUGAAGUGAUAGGGGGGGAUUCCGUUCAGUCUAUCCAGCGGAGGCUCCUAGCCAAAUACUCCUAUACUCCCCCUAUCGGGAUCAUGUACCUGGCCGAAAUAGAGGCAAAAGACCUAUUCGAGGUCAAGGUCGAGAUUCUAAGGAUCAUGGCGGUCCUUGAUCCAACGGGGGAUUGGCUGGGACGGGGAGCUCGGGCCCUCGAGAAUCCGCGUACCGCCACGGGAGAGCAUUCCUUGGAUAAACUCUAUACCCUUCUUUCGGAUCUCGAAUCGAGGGGAGUCAAUUCCGAGUCCUUCUCUCAAUUAAAAGGGAAGGUACCCCUGCGAAGGGGUUGGGACGAACACUCUACCACAUAGUGGAGUGGAUAGCUAGGACUACUAAAAUGGAGAUCGUGUACAACAACAAUCCUAUAUUUGAUGUCGAUUCAUCCACACUUCCAUUCCUUGUAGAGGAAGGCUAACUGCUUGCUGGCUGGGAGCUGUAUGAGCGGUAACGUCCACGUACGGCUCCGUGAGAAGGGCGGUGGACAGAAAUGGCCUUGUUGUACCUCACUCUCGUCUUCAAUGGGGUCUGCUCUUUCUUUUUUGGGAGAGUAUGCCAAUAUGAUCUUAAUGAGGUGCGGGGCUUUGCAUCUGACAUUCGUUGGGCUUCUCUCUUCGGGAGCCUGCGCCCCGGCCUUUUUGUGCAAUAAACCCCUCCGGCCGAAGACUAGUGGUAGGUGGUCCUGCGGAGCUUUCGGAAAAGGGUAGCCUUGUGUGUAAGCACAGCAAUGAACCGCGGCGAACCCUCAGACGACCUAUCUAAGAUUAGGGGGGGAUCCUCAGUAGUGGUGACCCUUUCACUCUUCCACGGACUGAUACAUGUACCGAAUGCUCAUACGGGAAAGUUGACUCCUGGGUCUGGAACCUGGGGGGUUGCUCCGAGAAAUCCUUUCUUUCUCGUCCACUCAGGGGGGUGCGGACACACCUGCGCGGAUUACAGGUGACAGUUACAAGAAUGGCGGGGAAGUUAACAGUACCCGACGACAUUCAGGGAUGGAUGUAGACCCAUCGGGCAGGGAUAAUCAUUCCGGUCCUGGUAGAAGUGGCGACCAUUCUCAAGAACGAAAAA